AUGAAAAGCAAGUUACUUAUGUUGAACCCUAUAAUUGACGAUACUGGACUCCUCCGAGUUGGGGGAAGGUUGCAGAACUCAAGUCUCCCAUAUGAAGAACGACAUCCGAUUAUCCUUCCUCACAACGGUCAUUUCACGAAACUAAUCAUAGAAGAUGCACAUAUGCAAUGUCUGCAUGGAGGAAACUCUCAAACACUUGCCUUUAUUCAAAGAAAAUAUUGGAUACUAAGUGCUAAAAACAGAGUAAGGCAAAUACUAAACAAAUGUGUAACUUGUUGCCGAUACAAAGCCUCAAACACGCAACAAAUCAUGGGAAAUCUUCCCGAAUUUAGAGUUGUUCCAUCCCCACCGUUUAGUCACACUGGGAUCGACUAUGCUGGACCCAUUCAAAUUAGAAUGUCUAAGGGCCGAGGAAUGAAGACAUACAAAGGUUAUAUAGCGGUAUUUAUAUGCUGUACAACUAAGGCGCUCCAUCUUGAAGCGGUUAGUGAUCUCACAAGUCAAUCUUUUAUAGCUGCGUACAAAAGGUUUGCAGCAAGACGUGGAAACUGCAAACACAUCUAUAGCGAUUGUGGUUCGAAUUUCAUUGGACCUAAUAAAAUUCUAGAGAAAGAACUUCAAGAUGCAAUAAAGCAAUCAUCUGAAUACAUGGCAAAGAAGUUAGCUGAAGACGGAAUUCAUUGGCAUUUUAAUCCACCAGCAGCACCACACAUGGGUGGAUUAUGGGAAGCAGGUGUAAAAUCGAUCGAAGCUUGUUUGAAUUCAAGACCAUUGUGUCCUCUUAGUAAUGAUCCAACCGAUUUGAAUGUACUGACACCCGCACACUUUUUAAUUGGUCGACCAUUGGUGUGCCCACCUACAUCAGAUUAUGACGACACACCCCUUAGUAACCUCAGCCGUUGGAAAUUAGUCAACAAAGUGACGGAAGAUUUCUGGAAGAUUUGGUCAAGCGAAUAUCUUUCAAGGAUGCAACAGAGAACUAAAUGGAAAUCUGAAAAGGAACCCAUAAAAAUAAAUGACUUGGUACUAUUAAAAGAUGAAAAUCUCCCUCCAGCAAAAUGGAAACUAGCAAGAAUAGUUGAGGUUCAUUCUUGGAAAGAUGGUCACACAAGAGUAGUAACCGUAAAAGUUGGCGCAGAUACCUUUUUUAAAAGACCAAUAGUCAAAAUUUGUAAGCUACCUACAGAAGAAGAUGAUGAAGACUCCACACUACAUGAUACUACAGAUGAUUUGCAGGCAAAUUUCACGUCAGUUAAUCUACCUAACAUAAAACAACCUCGAAAACGAAAAAUAAGACCGGUUUCAUGA